UAAAAUUAGAUGUUUGGUCCAUUGGGCCCAUAACAGAAUUGAAAAGAAGCAAAUUGAAGUGUGCGUUUUGCAAGCUCGUCGGCUUCCUUGUUCUGCUGUCGAGGCAGGAAAGAGAAGGAGAUUGAGCCAAAUACAGAAGAGAUUUGAUGGAUGUCGUUGAGGAUUCCAUAAAUUUCUUUAUCCUGCAUCUUGUUGUUGAUAGCUCUAAUGAGCGUUUGUGAGUCGGAGCAGAUUUGGAGAUUGGGGAUCUCAAGAGCUGCUGCCAUGGCGAUAGCUGAUCUAAUAGCGAGGGCUUCAACCAUCAAAGGGGAGGAGACAUAUUGCUGGAUCUCUGAUUCCUGAUUCGUCUUUUCUCCAUUGUGUCCCCAGAGGAUCCACGCAAGGCCAGCUGUUCUGGAAGUCGCAUUCCAAGAGGCGUCCGUUGUGCAUGUAAUCAUGGAGGCGUCGAUGUGUCUUCCUGGUGCUGAUCUCCUACCGAUACGUGUUGAAAGAGCGGCUGUUGGCUUCGUCGGUCGCGUUGUCUUGCCUUCAAAGUGGAGCUUGUUUCGCGCAAGCCAUAGGGACCAUAGCACCCACGGUAGUAUCGUGUUCAGAACUCCAGUUGGUAGGAGGCAGGGGCAAUCAAAGAAGAUGUGCAUUGACGUCUCGGUUUCCUUGCAUCUUGGGCAGCUUAGGUCAGCUGCUAAGCCUCUAGACUGUAGGUUCUGCCCCGUUGGGAGUGCACCCUGUAUAAUGGACCAGAAGAAGAUCUUUAGCUUUGGGGAGAAGACACCAGACCAGACAUCCUUAAUCCAUAAGAAUUCCUGGUGAUCCAGUUGUUAAGAACCUCACUGUUUAGCCUGAAGAAUUUCACUAUCUUUUCUAUUUUUUUGCGUCUUUGGGUUCUAUGGAAAUGUAGAGGCAUUGUCGAACCUGAUAUCUUCACUAAACAAUUAUGCCAUAUAAUUAUAUAAAAAAAAUUCAAAAUUGAAUAAUUCUAUAUCGAGAAAGAAAAAUUACUAAUCUGCUCUUUAGAGGGAAAUCUUUUUUUUUCUUUUCAGUUUUACUUAUAACCACAUGGCUUUCGUUGAUUAGCCUAAGGAUGAUAAGUUUAACAUAAAACAGUAGAAAAUAGUUGCCAUAUGUAA